UAUUCGACAGCUCCCUCUAGAGGAACGGUUAGAAACAUCCUUCGACAGGACAUCAGCAGCAGCACCUAGGCAGCAGUAUCUGAUACAACAGAGGAGCGUCGCGACCUUGCUUCUGCUGCCCUGGACUACAGGCGCUUUCUCCAAGGCUGACUGUAACCCAAUGAGAGCCCAGUGAUGGGUAAGGAGAAGCUCCAUAUCAACAUCGUGGUCAUUGGCCAUGUGGAUUCAGGGAAGUCCACCACCACCGGCCACCUCAUUUACAAGUGUGGAGGCAUCGACAAGAGGACUAUUGAAAAGUUUGAGAAGGAAGCUGCAGAGAUGGGAAAAGGCUCUUUUAAGUACGCUUGGGUCCUUGACAAGUUAAAAGCUGAGAGAGAGCGAGGCAUCACCAUCGAUAUCUCUUUGUGGAAGUUUGAGACCAGCAAAUACUAUGUCACCAUCAUUGAUGCUCCAGGACACAGAGACUUUAUCAAGAACAUGAUCACUGGCACCUCACAGGCAGACUGUGCUGUGUUGAUUGUGGCAGCUGGCGUUGGAGAAUUUGAGGCUGGUAUCUCAAAGAAUGGCCAAACGCGAGAGCAUGCUUUGCUGGCAUACACCCUGGGUGUCAAACAGCUGAUUGUGGGUGUCAACAAGAUGGACUCUACCGAACCUAAUUACAGCCAGAAACGCUAUGAGGAGAUUGUGAAGGAAGUCAGCACUUACAUCAAGAAAAUCGGCUACAACCCCGAUACAGUGGCAUUUGUUCCAAUCUCUGGAUGGAAUGGAGAUAACAUGCUGGAGGCCAGCCCAAAUAUGACCUGGUUCAAAGGCUGGAAGAUCACUCGUAAGGAUGGGAGUGCCUCUGGGACGACUCUGUUAGAGGCUCUGGAUGCCAUUCAGCCUCCAACCCGCCCCACUGACAAACCCCUUCGCCUCCCACUGCAGGACGUGUACAAGAUUGGAGGAAUUGGUACUGUGCCUGUGGGACGGGUUGAAACAGGCAUUCUGAAACCUGGCCUAGUUGUGACAUUUGCCCCCGUAAAUGUGACCACUGAGGUGAAAUCUGUGGAGAUGCAUCAUGAGGCUCUGUCUGAAGCUCUUCCGGGUGAUAAUGUGGGAUUUAAUGUGAAGAAUGUCUCAGUCAAAGAUAUCCGACGUGGGAAUGUUGCAGGUGACAGCAAGAACGAUCCCCCACAGGAGGCAGCAAGUUUCACCGCACAGGUGAUCAUUUUGAACCAUCCUGGUCAGAUCAGUGCUGGUUAUGCCCCCGUGUUGGACUGCCACACUGCUCACAUUGCCUGUAAGUUUGCCGAGUUAAAGGAGAAGAUUGACCGUCGCUCUGGGAAGAAGCUGGAAGACAAUCCCAAGUCCCUGAAGUCUGGGGAUGCUGCUAUUGUAGAUAUGAUACCAGGCAAACCCAUGUGUGUGGAGAGUUUCUCUGAGUAUCCUCCUCUUGGCAUCUGGCCCCUACCAAGAAUCUGAUCCACCCUGAAAGUGAGUGAGAGAGAUGUUAGCAAAAAGACACAGGAAUGAAAUCAGUGCGAAGAAAUGAAGAUUCACAUCCUAUUGAGCAGACAGAGAAUUGAGAGAAACUAUGAUGACAGAAAUAUUGGUAGAAAUCGCUAGUAUUAGCAAACCAGAUUCAAGAUUUGAAUGUACUGUAUCUUGUCCUUAGUGAGGUAUUAAAAAUUAUAUAGACUUAUUGUUAAUUUGUUGUUCAUUUUAGACUAUGAAAACCAUCAGGAACUGUGAUGUUCUGUUUUGGUCACAUGGUGGCACUGGUCUCACUUCAUUACAAACCUUGAUCGUUUGACUCCACUAGGCAUCAGUGAGAAAAUAAAAUAAAAAAAUUUAGCUAAUGAAGAAAUUGGUUUAAAUAAAAAAAAUAGCUUGAAAAGAUACACUUCGCAUACAACUGUCUGCCUUUUUGACCUUUAAAAUUAGACUACAUCUCAACUGCCAGGGUUUUAUACAAUAUCAAAUUGUACAGUCAUAACAUACUUGAGAAUCUCAGUGGAUUCGUCAAAUACGUCUUUCGAAUAUUUUUUGCUAACUGAUGAAUACUGAGUAAUCGGACAUUCUAUGCAUUUGACAUUUUUUUCAUAAUAUGCAGCAAGGCAAUACACACAUUCAAACGCAAAGAGUGUUCUGAGUUGAAAAUGUAUGCAGCCAUAAUGAAAAAUGGCAAAUAAUGAUAAGCAAUAAUGAUAUAUAGCUUCUUAAACACUCCGCAUCACGUUGUCUGGCAGUACCUCAGGGCUUCACCACCACCCAGUGACCCAUAUAUGAACAAGGAGAAGCUCUGCCUCAGGGCCCUCAGAGCAGAUGUGACGUGAUGACUUUAAUAGAAACCCAACAUACCAGUGUGGACUAGGUCAUGAAUGUGUUUGCUAAUAAUCUUUGAUUGUUAUUGUUGAGUAAGUGUUUUAGUUCAUAUAUUAUGCAGCGUAGACUGAUGUUCAAACUGAUGUUACACAAGAAUGUUCUUGAUGAAUCAAAUUCUUGAUUGCCUGUGCCAUUGUUAACCUCUGUUGAUUGGGCUGCAUGUUAAGAAUUGCUUGUUGCUGCUCUGUUUAAAUAUGAGCAAUGAAUGUUAUGUGUUCUUGGUGAAAGUGUUGAUUUAUGAAUAUGUUGCAAUGAGUUUUGAUUGGCUGUGUUUCAGGUAUGACCCCUGUUCCUAAUGUGAUAUUAGCUGUAAUUUAUAUGUAAAGAGAGAAUGCCAAGUGAUUAUUAGUACACAUGCUUCAUUUUGCGCUCAUGUGGGUAAUGCAAGUUCAAAUCCUUUCUUUUCCUAUCAUUUCAAGUGGCAAAAAGUAAAAUUAAGACUUGUGUUAUCUACAUGCACACUUGUAGACCUGCUGUAAAGCAGCUCUAAAAGACAAUUGUGUCAUAAUUUAGCUCAAGUCAGUUUAGAUCAAUAACAGUGUUAAUCAAUCAGCUAUAGGCAGUUCUACAAUAUGCACCAAUUUUUAUUCAGAUUGAGUCAGUUCAGUUCAAAAUCAGAGUAAAGUAGCUCUUUUCACAUUUUGUUCUCUUCUGAUGGGUCUCACCUCAGUUGUUGUAUUGAGGGUGGACGAGAGCACUGUAUAUUCACUCCCCCCACCUACAAUUCCUGCCAGUACCAAUACUCGAACCCAUGACCUUUUGGUUACAAGUCUGACUCUCUAACCAUUAGGCCACGUCUGCUCCCAUGCACCCAAAUUUUUGUAAAUGAGGAUUUACUAAAAAUCAGCCACCAGCUAUACCAGUGUAAAUUUGUUCUCACUUGUCAUUAACAGCAAAGUGCUUUCUUACAGUCCACUCGUAUGUUUAAGUUCAUGGAAGUUUCAUGUAUUCAGUGUACAUAUGUGUGCAUGCUAUAAUUCAAACAUUUGGGGUUGGUAAUUUUUUUUUUAUCUUUCUAAUCUUUCCAGUUUUUUUCUGAUUACCAAGGCUGCAUUUAUUUGUUCA